AUGCCAUCCAACACUGUCUGCAAGUCUAGAUCCUCGGCCAUUCCAGCCGUCAGACAAGCUCAGAAGCGUUGUUCGGCCCACGACUACGUCCGCCAUUACACCGAGAUGUUGGUAAUUGGUACUAGACAGAUUCAUGCUCUUCAUAAGCUUCGUGAAAUCGAUUGUCCAAUCCGCGUCUUCGAAGACUGUCUCACCGAACAAGUCAUCCGGAAGAACAACUUCGAACUCUAUCAAUAUAUGGCUGAUGAUCUUCUUCGAAAGUUUGAUGCCAUGAGAAGAAAGGAGAAUAUCCAGGCUCAACAGCGACUUGCGAAGAAUGGAGAACAUACUGCUCAUGUUUCAUUCAAACCUGAAUUCGUGGAACUUCAGAAGAUGAUCAUUGAGCAACGAAAAGAAUCGGAAACCAAUCAACUCUUCGCCAAUGCCAUGUCCAAGACCAAAGGAUCAUCAUCCACAGUGCCACGUGUCAAGCCAGACUACUCCAAGUUCAAAAUCGUCAAAAGAUCGAAGGCGUCGUCUUCUUCAUCAUCGUCUCCAAGCAGUUCAUCGUCCACCUCUUCUCCAAAUCAAUAA